ACGAUCCUGGGAAAUGACUGGAGGGGGGGCUCACAUUUAGAAAUAAGCCGUAAAACCAAAGCAAUGCACGCAUUCUGCCUGAAAUAUAAUUUUCGGCGUGUUUUCAAGAUGGAGCCACUGACUUCCUGCGGUAUCUUGUGACGUCGGGUGACCAAGAGGAGGCUGAUCGCGGAUUUCCUGACGGCGAAAGUGACGCUGAUAUCCGUUAUAUGUUUUUCCUGAACCAGAAUGCCGCGGAACAACAAGUCUCCACUCAUUCAGAAAAUAGCUAAACGAGCUUUUAUAACGUAUAAAGGUUUGACGUCUGCGCCGAAUGGAAACGGGAACGAAGUCAUGACAGACUCGCAGGCGGAGCUGGUGUCUUUCGUGACCGCCGUGAGGGCUGCUGACCUGAAGAUAGCGCCCCGGAAAAGCAAGUCCAACUCCGGACCAGCCGGCAGCCAGAACCCCCCGGUCACCUACAUGCACAUCUGUGAGACGGAGGUGUUCAGCAUGGGCGUCUUCCUGCUGAAGAGCGGAGCCUCGAUACCGCUGCACGACCACCCGGGCAUGAACGGGAUGCUCAAGGUUCUGUACGGGAAGGUGAAUGUGAGCUGCUUCGACAAGCUUGAGGGCAACCUGAGCGGCACCGCUCCUCAUUUUGAGCCUCCAUUGUCUGUAGAGGAGAGCCCGUCUCUCUGGCGCUCUGUGCUGCGCUCAGUCACGCAGUACUCGGAGAGUAGCGGGCCUUGCCUCCUCACGCCAGCGCGGGAUAAUCUUCACCAGAUUGAUGCGGUGGACGGCCCGGCUGCUUUCCUGGAUAUUCUGGCUCCCCCAUACAAUCCAGACGACGGUCGGGACUGCCACUACUACAGAGUCCUGAGGACUGUGGUAGAUGAAAAGGGAGGUCCGGAUGAGCAGGCAGUGGAAGAUAAAGGGGAGACUUGGCUGCUGGAAAUCCCUCAGCCAGAGGACUUCGGGUGUGGUGCCGAACCAUAUCCAGGUCCUGUGGUCUCCGUCUGAGUGAGAAGCGAUGCCAUCCUCCACAUGUGGUUUUCUUCUCUGCUUUGCUUUCUCCUCACAUGGAGGAAGAAGGUGAUGGCGUUCGAAAGCGAGGGCUCAGAAAUGUUACCGUUGACCAGCAACGACGACUUCCAGCAUCUGUCCUGGUGUCACCACACUCCAGAAUGUCUUAGAAAGAAAAUGUGAAUGUAAUUCACUGCUGAUACAUAAGAGUGAGUUGGUCUCUGUAAAUCUGUAGGUGGCGCUCAUUUGCCAAUCAGCUGAAUCUACCCCUCAGCAAAAGAACAGGUUUUGCUUCAUGAAUGUCUGCUGCUCACAAUCUUCACUACAUGUUGGUGACUUGCGGUACGCCAGAUAUACACUAUGUCAUUGUGCAUGCUCUUUACAUCUGAGGUGUUUAUUAUCCAAAAAUAUUUACUAGUUAUUAUCACUGAUAUUGUCUUUACAGGGAAACAGAUGUUUUGUUAUUAGAUACUUAAACAUGAUAAUUUGCUAGUUACUAUAAUAAGCUUUGAUUGUUACGUUAAUUACAUUUUUUUCACAUCAAAAUUUGUUAACAAUAAUCUAAAACAAGCCAAUAACUUGCCAAAGAAAGUGUUGUAAUUAGGAUAUUAAUAUCCUAAUUACAUAUAUUAGGUAUCUCACUGUUAUGUCAAGUAUUUGACAUAACAGUGAGAGGCCUUUUCGUGUACAACAUGCUUUAUACUUAAAUCACUCUCUAUGCGUUUUGGAAAUCAAGUAGAGGUGUGUGUGCGACUUUUGAAGUGUCAAAUAUUGUAAUGCUGUUUGUAACUAUGCUUCUACCUGCCUUAUUUGUGAGCGUUGAAUGUAUUCUUAUUAAAACUUCCAGUAACUUCCUACUCAGUGCUACAGUGCCGUUGUACACUUCUGAUUGUGAUUCAAACUUCCAGGUACAAGUGCGCGUAUCUGGACACCUAAGUUGUGAUGAGUGUCAAUGAAAACACAGCUAGCCGUGUACAUGAACCAAUGAAAAGCCACUACAUGUGCGAGACUCUUUUAUAUGGAAUAUAUGCCUACAUGCCAUUGGAAAUGGAUUUACGUGUGUUGGAUUCUCAAUAAAAGCGCUUACAUCAAGCCAACUCGCUGA